CAUUUCGCAGUUAAGAAUUCACGACUACAUAAAAAGUUCUAAUGUUAACAAUUGUUUAUUUUUUAAAAUAGUUUCACGUUUAACAAAAUAUUACUUAUAUUAUAAACCAUGAUUACAAAUUUUGAUAAGCUAUGCACAGAAUUAGAGAAACAAGAAUUGGAGGCAACAAAUGGCGUAGCUUCUAUAGCAACAUAUGCACAAUUAUUAGCAAUAUACCUUUAUCAGAAUGAUCUAUGUAAUGCGAAAUUUUUAUGGAAAAGGAUCCCUCAAAAUAUUACUAGCAGCAACCCUGAAUUAAUGGCAAUAUGGGCUAUAGGACAAAAACUAUGGAAAAAAGAUCUUGGUGCCACUUACCUUGCUCUCUCUGCAUACACAUGGACGGAACCAGUCGCCAACAUAAUAAGAGCUCUAGAAGAGAAAGUUCGUGAAAGAGCAUUCAAUUUGGUUGGACGUUCAUAUAGUUCGAUAUCGAUGGACACUGUGGUGCUAAUGACAGGACUGAGCCGAGACGCAAUUUUGCAAAUAUGUCGAGACCGUAAAUGGGAUAUUCAUGCUGAUGGCGUCACUAUUAUACCAACUCCACCCUCUCAACCAGCCCCUCUACAUACAUCAAGUGAAGACCAAUUGUUCAAGCUCACUGAAUUUGUGUCAUUCUUAGAAAACUAAAUUUUGAUUUAUGCUUAUUUAAAAAUAAAACUGGCUAAUUAAGUAUAA